AUGUUAAUGUGUCGACGAAGAUUUACAUUGCCUACUUCUUUUCUACUGUUAACUUCUUUACUGCUUGUUACUGCUAUUGUUAUUCUUACUAGAGAGUCAUAUUGUAAGUUCAAACCAAGAUUUAAAAUAUUUUUAAAAUUUUUUAGAAAAUUACGAUUUUUUAAAAUUUUUCGUAUUUUAGCCGCGGUAGAUCAAGAUUUUUUCAUUUUGGACAGCAAUAGUAGUGUUCAAACUAUAAUCAGAGAUAGUAAGACAGAAAAUGAUAGCAAUAGUAGCGACAGCAUGUGGAAGAAUUUUACUAGAGAAGUUACUGUGGAUUCAGAUGCUUGUGGUGGAUUGGCUAAUAUGGUAUGUAUGUACUUUUUAGUAGGCUAGUUUCUAAAAUUGAGUAAAACUCUUGUAUAACGAAUUGCUGAAGGAUUUCAUCAAUUUUUUAGAUUUUUCGAAUAGCGUCUUUGUAUGGAAUCAGUAGAAAAUUAGAAAGAACUCCGUUCUUAUGGAAUGAAUGUGCUCUCGAGUAUCAAUUGGAACUGAAUGCGUAUUUUCCUAACACAGCUGGGCUAGAAUUCAGGGUAAUAUAUUUGUUUUUUGGUUCUUAUUUACUAAAUUUUAGACUAGUUUAACAAAUUUCACACCGGUUUCAUUUGGAAAUCAAGAUUGGACUAAAGAUAAUUAUAGAAAGUAAGUUUUCAAAAUUAGGUUUUUUACCCUUUGCUUUGCCCUACCUUCCCUUACUUGAGUUAUAUUAUUGCAUUACUUUAGUCUUGCUAAGUUUUGAUCUAGUCUUAUCCUAGUUCACGUUUUAGCUCGUGAUCUCGAGGUCUAGCCAGGCCUACACAGUCCAUUUCUUACCAUGCUUAGCAGUUUGUUUCCUACCUUAAGCCCUAGUUUGAUCAAACUUGAAAAUUUUAAGUCUACAGAAUGUGUCAUCAGAGCCUUCGAUUCAAAUAUCCGGUAUGUAUCUACAGUCUUUCAAGUAUUUCGACCAGUAUAAAGACGAAAUUCGAAAAAUAUUCGACGGAUCAGAAGACAUGAAGAACUUUUUAAAAUCAUAUUUGGAAAAGGUGUUUCCAAACAUAACGUCACAUAAGUUAUGUGUUCAUGCAAGGCGAGGAUUUGAUGGUCACUAUAUGAUUAGUACUGAACCUCAUUUUACUUUACAGGUCGGUUUUGAAAACUUGAAUUUGAGGUUUUAGGCCCAGAAAACUAUGUAUUUUAAAGCACAUUUUAGAGUUUUUUAAUAUUUUUAUUAAAAAAAUAAAGUUUUGGCUUGGCGCUAAGACAAAUGCGGUUUUUGGACAUUUGCGGAUCUGCGGUUUUUAAACACUUGCAGAUCUUCGGUUUUUGGACACUUGCGGAUUUUGGACAUUUGCGGAUUUUUUAAAGGUUUUUUUAAAUUUUUUAAUUAAUUUAGUUGUAUUAUGGUACUAAAGUUUGAAUUGGUACAGUUUUAACAUAACAGUACCUUUUUGGGCUUUUAGUACUAUUUAGUACCAAAAAUAUAAAACAGUACCGAUUAAAAAUUUAGUACUAUUUAACAUUAAGAAAUAUUAAGACAGUGCCAAUUUAAACUUUAGUACAAUUUCGUACCAUACUACAACAAAAUUAACUAAAAAAUAAAAAAAAACCUCUUUAAAAAAUCCGCAAAUGUCCAAAAACCGCAUUUGUAAUUUUCAACAAAAAGUCUAAAAAUUAAAAUUUCAGGCUACAAAAAAGAUAUCAGAAUACCUACUAGAAUCUCUAAAACUCACCCAAAUUGACGCUAUUAUAUUCUCAGACGAUAGAGACUUCGCAACAUUGGCCAGCGACAUUAUUAUGGCACGUUUUAGUUUUUUUUUUGAAAUUUUUGAAAAUUGGAGAUUGAGUUAACUGUUUUUUGAGCCUUAUAUCUCAUACAUAUUUUGUAAAGAAGUUGCAUCAAAUAUUCCACUGGUUUUAGAACGAGAUCUACGUAGGAUAAAAGCAUAAAAAUUAACGAGAAAAAUUUUCAAAUACUGCUAAAUGGCAUUGGCUAGCGAGACAGUUAUAAGUACAUGUUUGAACCAGCUUCUUGAGUGUCAUGCUACAGAGUUUUGACUGUAAAAGCAAAAAAUAUGCCCAAAAAAUUUUAUCAAUAAAUAUUGUUUUGGCUAGCCAAAACAUCUUGGCAAAAUACAAAGACUGUUGUUUCAAUUAAUUUGUUUUGCUCAAGGCGAAUAAAAAGCGUCAAAUAGGACACCCUAUAUAAAUUCUUUUGCUGCUAAUAUCUCGCUCGCCAAGGUGACUUAGCGGUUUCUGAAAACAGUGUUUUAGAUAGCUUUUUAUGCUGUUUUAUCUUGUACAGAUGGGGUUACAGAACCUGAAGGAUAUUUUGUGUAAAUCGUUUUGUAAGCAGAAGGGUUAGAGAAGGAUUAGAACGACAAGAAUGAAGUAGAUGGUAGUAAAUCCUUUUUUUCUAACUUUAUUUUUUGAAGAAUCGAACAAGAAUUGAGAAAGUCCACGCUUCUGUGCUACUAAACAGAGCUGAAGAGAUGAUAAUGGCUCACAACUUUUGCGAUUCGUUUAUACUCACAUCUACUGGCUCGACUUUUGGUUGGUGGAUGGCUUACUUGAUGAGAGAGAAGGCUCAAAAGAGGGUGUUCUACAAUGGAUUGAUCUUUAAGGUAAGGUGCUUUUUCUAGCUUUUGGAACAGGGAAAAGCCAUUUUUAAACAAAGGAGGGAGUAAGAAGGGGUGAGGGUAAAAUUUUCAGUAAGUUGAGGAUGAAGUAGACAUGAAAGUGGUCGUCUUCCCUGUUAAAGUCAUUGUUCUAGCCAGCAGCUCGCCAUUAUAUGGAACAAAACUUCGUUGAACAAGACUAUGUACCUCCUCAUUGGACUAGAAUACAAGAGUUCAAUCAUGAGGUCUACUUUUAUGACAGACGAUUGCCGUCAAUAUUGUUUUAG